CAUGGGGCCGCUAGCUGUCCCCUACGCUAGGUCCGACUCCCUCCAGGCCGGGCGACACGGGGAGGGGCAAAAGAGCCUCGGGGGAGUAGAAAGGAAAGCGAAACUGCCCGCGAGACUUUCGCUUUCGCCGCCUCCGGGCGCCAUCCAGGUGGCCCGGCACUCCCCGGUCGCGCUGGAGUGCAGCCGCUGCGCGCCCCUGAACCGACCCCUGGCGCACCGCGUCCCCAGUGGCCGGCGACCUCUGGCGGAGGGACGAAGGGACGGUCCCAGACAGCAGGCCACCCAUGGCGGGGGCCGGGGGUCCCCUGCGCCUUCGCGAUUGGCUGGUGGCACAGAUCGAGAGUGGGCGCUACCCAGGGCUGCGCUGGGAGGACGCGGGCAAGACCCUCUUCCGCAUCCCCUGGAAGCACGCAGCCAAGUAGGGCUACCAGGCGCAGCAGGACGCCGCGCUCUUCAGGUUGCUGGAGGGUGAUGACCCUAAGCACGAUGCCUGACCCCUAGAAGGAGCUCAGUACUUACUGAACGUGUGGUUCCUGGCCUACGCCUUAAGGGCACUUUUGGAGCCUUUCAUAGACAAGCAGAAUGGGGAAAAAAAAAAAAAAUUGAGUCACCAACGUGCGUGUUCCCAGCUGAGGAUGAACAAGGCGUGGGCCAUACACAAGGGCAAGCACCUAGAGGGCAUUGACAAGGAGGACCCCUCCACCUGGAAGACUCGGCUCCGCUGUGCCCUCAACAAGAGCGCGGACUUCUGCGAGGUGCGUGAGCGCAGCCAGCUGGACAUCUCCAACCCCUACAAGGUGUACCGGCUCGUGUCCGAUGGUGCCCAUGGCCCAGUUACCAGGGCUUGUGCUCCCCAUAAAGAGGAGGACAUUCCCCAGAGCCAGCAGGAGCCCCCUGGAGAAGGGACAGAGCCGGCCUGCAGGACAGACCAGGAUGGCUCCGGAUUAGCCACAGAGGAUAAGGACAAGGAGCGGCGCCCCAGGCUGGCCCAGCAGGGCUCCCCACCACCAGCUGCCCUGCUCCCAGGCCCUCUGGCUGAUCACCGGUACCAAGCCCAGGAUCCUGCACACCCCUGGGGCCUCUUGCUCUCUGAGGAUUUCGGCAACCCUGAUUGCUGGCUGCACGUGCGGCUCUUCUACGGCGCGGAGCUGGUGCGCGAAGCCGUGGCGCGCACUGCCGAGGGCUGCAGCCUGAGCCCGCGCGCCGCCGCCGAGCGCCUGCUGGGGCGGCCACCGCGCAUGGCGCAGGUUCGCUUCCCGGAGCCGCCGCCGGGCGCCCGCGUGCUGCGGUGCCUGCUGCCGCACUUGGAGCGCGGCGUGCUGCUGUGGGUGGCGCCCGAGGGCGUCUUCGCCAAGCGCCUGUGCCAGGGGCGCGUGUACUGGCGCGGCCCGCUCGCCCCACACCGCUCGCGGCCCAACAAACUAGAGCGCGAGCGCACCUGCCAGCUGCUCGAUACGCGCCGCUUCCUAGCUGAACUGCGCGCCCACCUGCAGGAUGGCCGCCCGGAGCCUGAGUACCAGAUCCGGCUGUGCUUUGGCGAGGAGUACCCGGGGCCUCCGGACCAGCCCGAGGAGCGUCUCAUUAUGGCCCAUGUGGAGCCGGUCUUCGCCCGCGAGCUCCUCCUACACUCAAAACGCCAAGGCCAGGUCCCCAGCCUUGAACCCCCGAGAGCGUCACUCACCUGAUGACACAGCUGAGCCAGCCUUCGGUGGCUGCUUCCACCUCCCGUACCCUCUAAAGCAGCCCCCCGGCCCCAGGGCGCAGAUCCCACCCAGCCCUGCCGCCAGCUGAGCCAGGGGACUUGCGGUUUCGCCCCAUCCAUCGCCCAGGUAGGAUGAGACAGAGGAAGCCAACCCCGGCCUUCAAUCCCUCAGCCUCUCAGCGCGGAGAGGCGGGGAAUCCUGAAAGAAGGUGCGUGGGCGGACAGCUGCGCAGCUGAGCGGGGGGCAUCAGGCCUGAAAACCAAACUUGAUCUUGAGGUUUCAGAAACAGCAAUUAAGACAGAAACAAGGCUUUUAUUUUUUAAAGAAACCAGCCUUUUUUGUUGGGAGCCCAGCAUGCCUCUAGUGACUUACCUAAGGCAGACCUCACCUGUGAUUGAUAUGGUUUGCUUAAAGCUGAGUUUACCAAUAAUUAGAUCCUCAAGAUGGUUUAGACUGGGGUCAGCCAGUAAGAGGAACCCCUGACCUCUGAGGGGUUCUGAGUUUCCAGACCCUCCUUCCACCUGUCACCAGUCUCUCUUCUUCCGGGAUGCGUGGGGAGUCGUGAGGAAAGUGCAAAACGGUGGACUUGGUCUCCAAAGAUUCUGUCUUUGGAGAAGCUGAGGCAGGCCCCCAAACACAGCCCCAGGACAGAAGCCAAAGUGGGAGCCAGAAGUCCAGCCCCUCCCCAAGCGCCAUCAAUCUUUGCAAACUCCAAGUUGUAAGGAGUCCUUGAGAACUGGGAGGGAACCCCUCGCCCAAGAAGGCAGUGACCCUGCCUUGUCGGUAAAGUUACUGUUUUCCACCCCAGAUAUCAGACCUUUCACCUUUUCUGAUUUCUGACCUCACUUAUAAGAAUUCUCUUACAGAUGGCAACAUAAAAAAAUCGCUUUUAGUGAUACAAUAAGCCAUUUUUAUGGAGGGAAACCUCUAUGAUUCAACAAAGGAGAGAAGUCAAUCAAACCACUAUUUUUAAAAUUUUAUUUAUUUAUUGGAGUUCCCAUCAUGGCUCAGUGGUUAACAAACCCAACUGGCAUCCAUGAGGACGCGGGUUCGAUCCCUGGCCUCGCUCAGUGGGUUAAAGAUCCGGCGUUGCCGUGAACUGCGGUGUAGGUCGCAGACGUGGCUCAGAUCUGGCAUAGUUGUGGCUGUAGGCGUAGGCCAGCGGCUACAGCUCCAAUUCGACCCCUGGCCUGGGAACUUCCUUAUGCCGUGGGUGCGGCCCUAAAAAGACAAAAAGACAAAAAAAAUAAAAUUUAUUUAUUUAUUUUGCUUUUUAGGGCCACACCUGUGGCAUAUGGCGGUUCCCAGGCUAGGGGUCAAAUCAGCAACGCUGGAUCAUUAACCCACUGAGCAUGGGGCUGUCCUCUACCCCUGCCCCUCAUAGAGGAAUGGGGUUAAGGAGUUAUAGAAUUCUGGUUGAAAUCACAGCUUUGUCACUCACUUGCUGUGCCAUCUCAGGCAAGUCACUUAACUUCUCUGAGCCUCAGAUUCCUGAUCUACUCACAAGAAGUUAUCAAGAUCUCUGGAGCAGAGUUAAUCGGAGAAGUAAAUGCCCAGAGGGGAGGGAAGGGCUCAUGGACAGUGACACACGGUAGGUGUCCACUAACUUGUGUAAGUCGCAGAUGCUGUUUGGAUCCCGUUUGGCUGUGGCUGUGGUGUAGGCUGGCAGCAAUAGCUCCGAUUUGACCCCUAGCCUGCGAACUUCCACAUGCCGAAGGCGCGGCCCUAAAAAGCAAAAAAAAAUAAAGAUGGGAAACUGAGCCUCAGCCAGGGACUUGGUUGAGAGCCUCUUGGGAGGGCGGCUGUCUCUGACCAGGUGUCUGUCCUCCCCACACUCGUCACGAGAGGGCGCCAGGGCUCAACGAACGGGGUUGGGCCCGCCCUCAUCACUACCCUAGGCACCCCACCCACUGUGGACCCCUCGAGGAGAGCAGGGAACAGUGUGACCCCAGAGUGCUCUGCCCUCCUGUGGGGGGAGAAAGUCAAGCAUGGGCCUGGAGGAGGAGAAAGGGGGAACUAGAAGUGGGGAUUCAAGGGGCCCCCGAGGCUUUUCUCACAGAAACUCCCAGUUCUCCGGCUCAAGACACGGAUUCUACCUCUGCUCUCUCGUGAGCAUGCGUGUGUGUGUGUGUGUGUGUGUGUGUGUCUAACGCCCUCUUUCUAUCUCUGCAUAUUUCUUUAUUUGUCUCACUCAAUGAUUCUAACUUUUUCUGUACUGUAUCUCUGUGUGUGUCUAAUGCCCUCUUUCUAUCUCCACAUGUUUCUUCAUUUCUCUCAUUCAGGGAGUCUCACUUUCUGUGUUGAGUCUGUGUGUCUCCCUUUCUUCUGUCUCCGUCUAAUCAUCAUCUCACUUUCUGUCUCUGCCUCUAUCUUCUCUGUGUGUUCCUGUCUCUCUCUUAGUGUGUCUGCCUCUCUUUGUCUCUGUCCCUCGGUCGUUUUUCACUCUCUCUGUCUCUUUCCCUCUCUCCGCCUUUAUCUCUUUUUCUUUCUGCCUCCCUGUUUCACGUCCUGGCCUCCUCACCACCACCAGCACGUGUGGGCUGAGGGUCUCAGGCCCUUCCCUCCCAUCUCCUCACCCUGGCAGCUGCUCACAGCUUCCCAAUCCUGGCCUCUCCUGCCCGCCCCUCUUGGGCCUUGGGGGAGGGGGGCGAGGGAGGAAGGGAGGGCAGCCUGGUGGGCCCACCCCUUUUUGCCUUUCCAGGCUGGGAGGCUGGGCCAGUGGGCCUUUUAACCAGCCUGGGCAGGCUGGGCCGGACACCAGCCCUGGACACGGUGCCUGGCCUCCGCGGUUCCGGCAGCCGCCAGCCCGGUCAGCAUGCAGCAGCAGCCCCCACCCGGGCCCCCGGCCCCUGCGGCCGAGCCGACCAAGCCUCCCUACAGCUACAUCGCCCUGAUUGCCAUGGCCAUCCAGAGCUCACCGGGGCAGCGGGCCACGCUCAGCGGCAUCUACCGCUACAUCAUGGGCCGCUUCGCCUUCUACCGCCACAACCGGCCCGGCUGGCAGAACAGCAUCCGCCACAACCUUUCACUCAACGAGUGCUUUGUCAAGGUGCCCCGCGAUGAUCGCAAGCCCGGCAAGGGCAGCUACUGGACGCUGGACCCCGACUGCCACGACAUGUUCGAGCACGGCAGCUUCCUCCGCCGACGUCGGCGCUUCACCCGGCGCGCAGGUGCCGAGGUCGCCAAGGGCCCUGCCAAGGCACGCCGAGGAGCCCUCAGGGCCACGGGCCAGGACCCGGGAGCCCCCGACGCUGCGACUGGCAGGCAGGGCCCCUUCCUGCCGGAGCUGCCGGAGCCCAAGGGCCUGAGCUUUGGGGGUCUGGUGGGGGCCUUGCCAGCCAGCAUGUGCCCGGCAACCACCGAUGCCAGGCCCCGACCCCCCUCGGAGCCCAAGGAGAUGCCCACAUCCAAGCUGGCAGGCCCAGGGGAGCUCCCCGUGGCCACCUCGUCUUCCCCGUGCCCAGCAUUUGGCUUUCCUGCCAGCUUCUCCGAGGCCGAGGGGUUUAGCAAGGCCCCUGCACCCAUCUUGGCCCCGGAAGCAGCCGUCGGGAGCAGCUACCAGUGCCGGCUGCAGGCGCUGAAUUUCUGCAUGGGAACUGACCCGGGCUUUGAGCACCUCUUGGCCUCAGCAGCCCCCUCCCCUGCACCACCCACCCCUCCAGCCUCACUCCGGGCCCCGCUGCCUCUGCCAGCUGACCCCAAGGAACCUUGGGUUGCAGGCAGCUUCCCCGUCCAGGGAGGCUCGGGCUACCCUUUGGGGCUGACCCCCUGCCUAUACCGGACGCCAGGAAUGUUCUUCUUUGAAUGAAGCCAGCCGACCUCGGGCUGUCCCCCGCCAACUGCACCCUCCAGGCCGAGCCUGACUCUAGGAUCUGGGGAGCUCUCAGAGGACGCAGGCCUGGCAAGCCAACAACACCUGGGACAGGAAGCCGAGAUUGGAGUGGUGACCCCUCAGCCAACCCCCAGGGCCUCGGGACAGACUUGGGGGUGAGGGGAAGCAGGGCCCCAUUGGGACGUACUCUGUGGCUCUCGGGGCCAAUAAAGCCAGUGUGAUGAUGAG